CACAUUUCCUCGUAUGACGUUCUGGCUAUCAAGAGUAUGCUGCUUACAUAGUACAGAGGAAAAUAUUUACUUCGUUUCUUCUUCUUAUGCAUUCCUGUCAUGCCAGAGUUCUCACUGACUUUAUUUGUCCGCAGGAGAUUUUCUGUCGGUGGCAAAAUUAUUUGUCAGAAACUUAAAAUGAUUGCCUUUGGUAAUUUAAGAUUACAGAGGAGAAAUCUGGCAAUAUAAUUGCAUUCUGCAUCUGAAGCAAUAUAAUACACAAACAGCAAGCUGUUUCAAGGGGGCCUAUCUGGCAUGGUCACUGAUUUUAACAGGACUUUCAAGCAGGCAGGAAGGAAGGAAAGAAAGAAGGAAAGGCAGCUUAACUUCUGAAGCACAGGAUCCUGAAGGCUUCUUUGAUACUAGAAAGAUCCCCUGCAAAACGGCUUGAGUUUACAAGGUAAUGGGCUCAGAGAGCAGUGCUUUAAAGCGUGAUGCGUUGGAAGAGCCUCCAUUUACAUUGCCCUCUGGAGUUAAUAUUUAUCCAGCAGUGCUACAACGUGGCAAACUUGCCUCUGUCUUUGUGUACAAGAGAGAGAAUGAAGAUAAUGUUAAUAAAGCUGCCAAGCACCUGAAAACUUUACGCCACCCUUGCCUCCUGCGCUUCCUUUCUUGCACUGUGGAAACAGAUGGAAUCCACCUGGUCACAGAGCGAGUGAAACCGCUGGAGCAGGUCCUGGAGACCCUCUCUUCUCCAGAGAUCUGUGCUGGAAUCUAUGAUGUUCUGCAGGCUCUCGUGUUCCUCCAUGACAGGGGCAACCUAACACACAACAACGUGUGUCUGUCCUCUGUCUUCGUGAGUGAAGAUGGGCACUGGAAGCUGGGAGGCAUGGAGACGGUCUGCAACCAGAAGGAAGCGACAGCAGAGUUUCUACACAGUAUCGACUCAAUACGAGAGAAGGCAGGAGUCCCCCCUGAAGAACUGUCUGCAGACUUCCGGAUGCUUCCUGAGGGCCAGGGACAUUGCCGGGAUGCCUACGCAUUUGGUGUAAUGGUGGAAUAUCUGUUGGCUUUUUUAAACGAGGAAGUUUCAGAGGACGUGCUCUCCAGCUUUCAGAACACCCUGCGCUCUACUUCGCUAAAUCCGGAUCCAAAAUGCCGUUGCCGCCUGUCUAGUCUACUGUCCCAUGAAUUCUUCAGAAAUGAUUUCCUGGAAGUUGUGAGCUUUCUGAACAGCCUAACAUUGAAAACAGAGGAGGAAAAAACAGAAUUUUUUAAGUUCCUGCUGGACAGAGUGGCUGGCUUGUCAGAGAAACUGAUCGCUUUGCGUUUGGUACCCCUCUUGCUCAAUCAGUUUGUAUUUGCUGAGCCAGUAGCUGUGAAGAGUUUCCUUCCUCAUCUCCUGGGCCCAAGGAAAGAUAAAGUGGGGGAAGGCCAGGUCAGGGGCCUGCUGUCUCCGGCCGUGUUCCAAGCACACAUCAGCCCCGUGCUGCUGAAGCUGUUUGAGGUACACGAAGAACACGUCCGGAUGGUGCUGCUCUCGCACCUGGAUGCCUAUGCAGAGCUGUUCACUCAGAAGGAGUUGAAAAACAUCAUUUUGCCACAGGUUUUACUGGGGCUGCGAGACACCAGUGACUCUUUGGUGGCCGUAACCCUGCAGAGCUUAGGCGUGCUGGUCUCUCUCUUGGGGCCUGAUGUUGUUGUGGGAGGCGACAGAACAAAGAUCUUCAAAAGUUCGGCACCAAGUUUCACUAAAACAGCGGACCUGUCCCCGGAAGAUUCUCCCAGUCAUGUACCAAGCUGCCAGAGAAAUCUAAUUUACCAGCCCUUGCAAAGUAACUCAAGCGUGUUCCUGAAGUGCCCCAACUCGGGCAAUUUGACCUUCACCAACACAACUCAUGUGCCGAGGCAAGAUUCUCACAUUGCCUUAAGAAAAGGGGAGCAAGACUCUGUGCAUUUAUACGGUGUUCCUGAUAGGUUAACUGCCGCGAGGAACGGCGGAAGGGGCCCGCGUGCAGCUGAGCAGACGGCAGAGGAAUGGCCCGACUGGAGUGAGUGCGAAGAGCCGGAGAACGAGAAGAACGCAGCUGUAGGUAUCGCACGGAGUGAACGUUGCGACAGCAGCAGCCCCCGUUUUGCCAGUCUGGCUGUGGAUGCGAAGCCCUGGGCGAACGCGGCUCUUGACGCCCACUCUGAACCCUCUUCGGGAAGCAGCCCCCGAGCGAUGGGGCUGAAUGACUUUAUAGAGCUACAGCUGCCUCCAAAUAAGUUUGAACUCAAGGAAGAAUUUAGGACUCUCCCAUGCAAUGCCUCUCCAGUGCCCAGCAGCAGCAGCAGCAGCAGCAAUGGGGUUGACCCGAGAGGCCGGCAAGGUGAACUCUGUGUCCCCAAAGCAUCGUUUCUAGAAAGGUCUCCCAAGUUGGAAUGUGGGUUGGGAGAGGAAUUCAUGAUCCAGGUGAAGAGGAAGGAGUCGGAAGAUACGGAGCUGGACUGGUUUGCCGACAUGGUCCCCGAGAUCAAACCAUCCACUCUUUUGAUUCUGCCAGAGCUGGGGUCCCAUCCUGUCAAUCAUAGUACCUUAGACCCAGCUUCCGGCGCUGCACACAGUGCUCAGGAGAUGCAGUUUUCUUCUAAAUUUGCAGCUGCUGAAGUUACAGGGGUGGACGUUGUUGGCUGGGAAGAAGAGGAGGACCUGCAUUGGGAAGAUGGCACCAACUGGUGAGGCGGCCGGCCAUGGGCUCUGCGGGCGAAGUCUCUCCAAGGCCCACUGCGCAAGCACGCACGAAUUCGCUGUUUUUGCAGCCUGCACAGGUGCUUGCCUUUCUUUCUUGCAAUGCAGAUACUAAACCUAGGGAGGGCCUCCUGCCCCACGUGCUGAAGAGGCAGGCGUCACUGGAUGAAGAUACUGCAGAUGCGUGAUUUUAUUUUUCCACAAUUAUUAUUGUUUGUGGAAUUCUAGGGAAAAUAAAUGGAUAAUCCACUAACCCAA